UAGUACCAAGCCAGUUAGACAAUUUCUGCAUGCACUUGUUUGUCAGGAGUAGUAGUAGAAUAACCGUCACUGGAACAUACGCUUCUGACCACACGUCGCCUGCCAUCCCUAUCCCCGUGAUUCUACCACCUCAACAUCGCGACGUCGCCUGCUCGACCGCUCUCCACAUCACCACCCAUACACAGCACCAUUUGUCGUCACCGUCGAGCGCUAUAUCGCCAAUAUGUCUGGCAACCGGAACUACGAUUUUCUAAUCAAACUCCUCCUCAUCGGUGACUCUGGAGUUGGCAAGUCAUGCUGUCUGCUGCGGUUCAGCGAGGACUCGUUCACCCCGUCUUUUAUCACGACGAUCGGCAUCGACUUCAAGAUUCGAACUAUUGAGCUGGAUGGCAAGCGUGUCAAGCUUCAGAUCUGGGAUACGGCUGGCCAGGAGCGAUUCCGCACCAUCACAACAGCAUAUUACCGCGGGGCCAUGGGCAUCCUGCUUGUCUACGACGUCACCGACCAGAGAUCUUUUGACAACAUCCGCACGUGGUUUGCAAAUGUAGAACAGCACGCUACUGAGGGCGUCAACAAGAUUCUUGUCGGAAAUAAGUGUGACUGGGAAGACAAACGUGUCGUCUCGACCGAGCAAGGAGAGGCGCUGGCCAAGGAGCUCGGCAUUCCCUUCCUCGAGGUAUCGGCAAAGAGCAAUAUCAACAUCGACAAGGCUUUCUACAGCUUGGCCGCAGACAUCAAGAAGCGCAUCAUUGACACAUCCAGGAACGAGCCGCAAGCCGGCACAGGCAUCAACCCUGCGCAAGAAGGAUCCUCAGGCGGCAUGGGCAAGUGCUGCUAAGAUGAUGCGGCGAGACAUGAAGGGUAGUGUCAAAGGCUUGUAUUUGUGCAGUCCACAGGACAUGAUAGACCGAGCACAUUGUCUGACGGACGAGACGACUUUCCGGGGUACUAGGAUGCCAAGGCAGGAGUAUUAUCUUGGAGGAUCCUUCAAGACCCGGCUUCGCGGUAGACAACGGAAAGCUGGACGAGCAAAUAUCUGGGUGGAGUUUGGUU